AUGGCGGACGAUGACUUCGAAGAUGACGAUUUUGAAGACGCCUUGAGAGACGUCGACGAGGCGGAAAGACAGAAAAGCGCACCAAAACCCGUUUCAUGGAUGAACAUUCAAGUGUCCCAGAAGCAAACCUUGAAUCCAGUGUUAGAGCGCUUCUCGAAAGUCCCGUAUCAAAUCUCCGAAAUCCCUGUCGACUUUCAGACCUCCCCCGAUGUCGGGAUUCUGUGGCUCUCGCUCAAGUACUACAACUACCGCCGCUCGUAUAUUGAAGAAACAGUCGCCAAGCUGCGAGAAACGAGCUUGAAACUCAUCGUCGUGUUACUGUACAUUGACGCUGCUAACGCGGAGGAAGCCGGUAGAACUCUUUCAGUCUUGAGCGUUCAAAUCGGCUUUACGCUGCUGAUCGCCUUUAACCUCCAAGAAGCAGCGACGCACAUUGAAAACUUCAAACGCUUCGCCAACAAGGGCCCCGACUCGUUAAAGCAAAAGUUUGACGAGACCGACCGAAUCACGAAGCUCCUCACUCACGCCGAUGGCUUCAACAGUUCGGGUAAUAAUUUCUAG